AUGAAAGUGUUCUCCGUGGGAAUAGACGAGAAGUCACUAUCAGCAAAAGAUUCACCAUCAUCACCUGAUAGCAUCUCUGUGGCUUCAACUCCUAUCAUAACUUUUGAGAAAAAACGACGUCCAAAUAAAAAUUAUUUAAUAUGUUGGGGAGCGUUAUGCUUAAUUAUUUUAUUUGCAAUUGUAAUGAGCGAAAUGGCAUACAGCAGAGCACGAGAAGAUUUGCGAUUGAGAUGGAUGGAAUUGAAGAAUAAGAUUGGUAUUGGAUGUGAUGAAUGCAUGAAUACUCCUCGUAGUGCACAACCAUUCCAUCAGCAACGAUUUCCCACCGUUCUUGAAAAUUCAAAUGAUGUAAUUUUGGCAGCACAGGCGUUACAUGCUGAACCAAUGGAAAUACUGGAGCAGAUAACAUCAAGAUCAAAUUCAACAACUUCUGAAGAUAAUAAUUUAUCAGCUGAAAAAGACAAACCUAUGGAAUCACGUUUCGACUUCUUACGAAAAAUUAUUCCAAAAAUCAAAGAACAGGCUGAAAAAUCUGGUCUUGAAGGUGUAAUGGAAGUAAAAAUGCUGCACAUAGAUUCUGUGGAACCAAACAAAAACGGAUUUGAGCAAUUGCGACCGGUCGAUCUAAUGGGAGCUCCUCGUCCAAACGCAAAUUUAGUCGAUGAUGUCUUACGCUCGGAGACUGCUGAUGGCACUGAUAGAUUAAUGUUUAAUCCUCAGUACACGUUACCACAAAACGAGAUGGGAAUGAAUGAACAAAUGAUUGUACCAAGCGCGUUUGUGCAACCUCAGCAACUUUGGCCAGAACCCUGGGGAGGUCAAAGUAGUAACAUUCUCUUUUCUAACGACAUCCAGCACCCUUAUCCUUUCUACAUGACAAAUCCAUUAUUCUUCUACCAACCGCCAUCGCAUCAAGCAUUGCAACAACAUCAGUCUCAACUGGCCUUGGCAAACUCUUGGUUGUGGGCUAAUGGGGCUAAUGGUAUCAACACCUUCCAGCGACAUGAUGUUUCCAAUCCCUGGUUUUUCAAUGAUCCCCAUCUUUUCCAAAAUCCAGAAUUAGUGAAUCCUUGGCAACAAUAUGGUAUCUCACCUUUUGCUGUCUCUUUAACGACACCAACGUGGCACAAUGGAUUUUUGUUCAAUCAGCCUGCUGACUAUGCAUGGUCAAGUCAGCAGCAGGUCUGGCUACCCUUUCAGCAACCAUGGACAGGGAAUAUGGCGCAAAGCAAUCAGCUCCUGAAUCUGCAGGAACGCAAUCAACAACGAGUUCGCCCACCAUGGACAGCCAGUAUGGCGUAUAGCAAUCCGCUUCUAAAUGUACAAAAUCGCAACGCGCAACGAAUUCGUCAACCGUGGCCAGCCAAUGUGGGACACAGCAAUCAACUUCCGAAUGCACCAAACCGUGAUCCACAGCGAGUAUAG